AUGACCUUGCGCGCUGUCGCCGUCGCAUUCCCGCACUUUCGAGCUGCUUGCGUAGGAACAAGGCCGCGUAUCCGCUCCAGCGCAGAGAGACUUGCAUUCUUGAGGCCUUCGCCAGGCUGCAUGAGACCCUUGCAUGUUGCGCCUUUUCUCGUGCCGCCGCUGCUGUUCACUGGCCUAUUCGUGGGAUUAUGGUGCUGGAAGUGUGCAAUGAUGGUCUUGUUCCAGAAUACCAUUAUCUACAAUCCAUUUUUACCGCCCAAUGCCCGCAGUAUGACCAUUGAUGAGGUUUCCCGUGACUGUGGGCGUCUAAAGUGGAGGGAAGAGAGAAUCAAGUCGCUGGAUGGUACUGAGAUUGCCUUGUGUGUAGCAGAUGUACCUUCAGUAUCUGAACCAAGUCUUGUCAAGGCCAAGACAAAGACCCCUGUUUAUAUCCUAUACUUUCAAGGAAACGCAUCAUCACUACCGCCCCGACUGCCAGAUCUUUCCUGGAUAAUGCGUCGAGCUCACGAGAGUGAACCGUCAAUCCAGUAUACUAUUGCUGGCCUGAGUUACCGAGGGUUCUGGACGUCUCAUGAUCGGCCUUCAGAACCAGGGAUAGACCUUGAUUCACAGGCAGCACUGCGAUGGAUAGCUGGAGUACAUGAGAGCAAGUCGGAGAAAAGCGACAAAACAAAGCCAACAGUGCUUCUUUGGGGGCAGAGCAUUGGUUGUGGCUUUGCAACCAAUCUAGCUGCCAAAGGCGAAUUCCCUCACAAUCUAACAAUAGGUGGUCUCAUACUCGAAACACCAUUCACAAAUGUUCGAGCUAUGCUUCAAGCGUUAUAUCCACAGACCUGGCUCCCGUACCAAUAUCUUUGGCCAUUUCUCCGAAACCAUCUGGAUACCUGGGCCAACCUCGGCAUGAUAGCAAAGAGGUUUCCAGACACGCCGCCCGGGAUCUUCAUUGUGGAAGCGGGAAAGGACGAGCUUGUGCCUGCCAAUCACGGCGAAGAGCUGUUCCAGCGAUGUCAACGGCUUGGGCUUCCGGUGGAGCGACAAAAGGUACGCGGGGCACUGCACAAUGAAGCCAUGGUGAGAGUAGCGGGCAAACAAGCACUCGCGCACUCCAUCGUCACGGCUGUUACACAAGCACGGCGAUAUGAGGGUUGA